CAAUUCAAUAUCAAUGAGAAUACAAACACUGAAGAGCAAACAAAAGGAGGCAAAACUGCAGGGAUUGGUCAAUUGAGUUGAAAUAGGAAACAACUUGGUGCGCUUGGGUUCGUAAAGCACUUCAGGACCAUGGAGAGCUCUAAGCUUUGGACGAGAGCGGUAGUUUGCACAGCGCUGCUGUCCAUCCUAUGUGGUGCUGAAACGAGCGACUCAGAAAUGGAAGUGGAUUUGGAAACGAGAAACAUUCACGACUUCUAUCCAAGAAAUCCGAAUCUAACGAACGAAAAACGUCUUCUUGGAGCUCUACACGAAGUUCUCAAAAAACUGCAGACCAAAAGAAUUAAUCCAUGGGAAAAGAAAUUUGGACAAGUUCCCACGUGCGACGUGGGGGAGCAUUGCGCGGUGAGGAAAGGCGCUCGAAUCGGCAAAAUGUGCGACUGUCCACGGGGAGCUUUCUGCAACUUCUUUCUGUUGAAGUGCUUGUGAAUGUAGGUUGUGUGGAUUCAACCCACUUUCAUCGUGUUAUUUAAGCGAGGGAUAAUAAUGUAACAUAUGUCAUUAUUUUUAUGAAUAUUUUUCAAAUACAGGCUGACUAUAAUUGUCAAUGUUAUAGUGGGACCACAAAUUAGAUAAUGGUACAUGCUAUCGUUUCCUGGAGUUUGAAGAAACGUGUCACCUAAGUGUUACUGAACUCUCCAUAUUGUCCAUUAAAGUGUGUCACAACGUA